UGAGUUCCAGGCCUCAGCUGCACGGUCGAACGUAACGGUACCGGGCAGGCGCGAGAGAGCAGCCGCUGAUAACGACACCGUUUUCAGACCAGACAGAUCGCUGCACAGAGCAGGAGUGCGUCCACAGUCGCAUCCCCUGGCUUCCAUCCUCCCCCAGUAGCCGGCUGAAAGAAGAGUUUCCGUUGGAAGCAAGCGUACAGCAAACAACAGUCUCAACAUGAGUACCCAAACCAAGAAGGUGACCCGCACCAUCAUCACGUCCUCGUCCAGCGGCGGUGGCGGCGGUGGCAGAGCUACAUUCAGCUCCUCCAGGCUGAGCGGUGGCGGCGGCGGCCGUAUGCGCACCGGCGGCGUAACAUCACGCCGUAGCGUGGGCUCUUCUUACUCAGCCGGCGGUGGCGGCCGCGUCAACGCCGUCAUGGCUGCAGGGGUGAUGGCAUCAGUGGGAGGGCCGGCCGGCGCGCUACAGACCCUCUCCGACGCUCGCAUGACCCGCGCCCACGAGAAACAGGAGCUGUCCCACCUGAACGACCGUUUCGCCUCCUACAUCGACAAGGUGCGCUACCUCCAGGAACGCAACUCCAAGCUGGAGGCACAGAUUAAGAUCCAGGAAUCCAGGGAGGCCCCCAACAUCAAGGAUCUGUACGAGAAGGAGCUUCGGGAUCUCCGAGCACUGGUGGAUGAGCUUUCCAACGACAAGGCCCAGCUGGAAAUCGAGAGGAACAACUGGCAGGAACAAGCAGAAGAGUACAAGGGAAAGUGGCAGGACGAGGCGGGGUUGCGUGCGGAGCUGGAGGCUGAGAUUGAAAGGCUGAAGAAGGAGCUGGAUGCAGCAACCAUGGCGCGUGUGGACUUGGAGAACAAGCUCUCCACCGCACAGGAGGAGAUCGAUUUCUUGAAGAGGGUUCAUGAUGAGGAAAUCCGUCAACUGCAGGACCAGUUGAACGAAAGUUUGACCAUUGUGGAGGUGGACUCCCGAGCUCCCACAACUUUUGCUCCUGGACCUGACCUCACUGAAGCUCUGCGUGAGAUCCGCACUCAGUACGAGGAGCUUGGCCGUGUCAACAGGGAGGACGCUGAGGUCAAGUACAAGCAGAAGUUCAGCGAGCUGGCCCAACAACGGGAGCGUGACAACGAGGCUCUGAUGACUGCACGGACAGAGGUGACAGAACUCCGAAGGAACCUCAACUCUCUCAUCGCCGAGAAUGAGGCUCUCAAGAGCAAGAACAACGCUCUGGAGGGCAACCUGGCUGAGCUGGAGGCUCGCAUGCAGCUGGAGAUCGAAGAGUAUCAGGCUGCAAUCCGCGACCUCGAGCAGGAGCUGGAGACCAAGAAUAGCGAGAUGGCUCAGCAGAUGCAAGCCUACAAGAUGUUGAUGGACACCAAGAUGGCGCUCGACAUGGAGAUAGCAGCUUACAGGAAGCUGCUAGAGGGAGAGGAGAUUAGGCUGUUCGGUGAGAGCAAGGAGGGAAUGCAGACGUCCAGCAGCAGCAGCAGCAGCUAUCGUGAAUACUCCAUGAAGUCAGGGUCCGGCGGCGGCUCCUCUGGCAAGCAGCAGGUCACCGUCAGUGUCUCCUCCGAUGAGGGCGAUAAGGAGGCAGAGGAGUCAGCUGCAGCUGAUGCUGCUGGAGAAGAUGAGGAAGAAAAGGAGGAUGAGAAGACGGAAGAGGAGGAGAGUAAGGAGGAAGAGAGUAAAGACGAAAGUAAGGAGGAGGACAAAGUAGAUGGUGCCGAAGAGGAACAGAAGGACGAAGACAAAAAAGAUGAGGCCGAAGAUGACAAAAAGGAAGAUGAGAAAAAGGAGGAUAAGCAAGAUACAAAGAAAGAUGCACACGAAGAUGAGAAAAAGGAAGCUAAGGAAGAAUCAAAGGAAGAUGCACACGAAGAUGAGAAAGAUGAGAAAAAGGAUGAUAAGGAAGAAUCAAAGGAAGAUGCACACGAAGAUGAGAAAGAUGAGGAAAAGGAGGAUAAGGGGGAUAAGGAAGAAACGAAGGAUGAAGCACAUGCCGAGCCAGCAGCUGAGGAAAAAGCUGGCAAAACUGAAGAACACGACGAUAAGGAGGACGCCAAGGACGACGAUGCCGAAGCGGAAAAAGAUGACGACACAAAGGUUGACGGAGAUGACGACAAGGGUGAAGACAAAGUAGAUGGCCACGACGAGUCUGAAGAAGCCGAUAAGGAAGAUGAGGGAAGAAGCUUGAAAGAGGUCGUUGACAGCCAGGAGAGAUCGCCCGCCAAAUCAUCGUCUGCCCCCCACGCCGCAGUCGUCACCAAGACCAUCACAAAAACCAUCGUUCAGUCCGUGCCCAAGCUCAUUGGUGGAGGAUGGACACUACUGUUCAAGGCCGUCUCAGAGACCGGUGGACCCGUGUUCUCUCACUGGGAGACCGAGGGCAAGACCAACGAGCCCACAGGCGAGCCCGUUCGGUUGGACGUUGCCGACCCCUACCGUUACAAGAGCAGUAUCAUCGACAACUGGGAACAAUACAGUAUACAGGAGGUCAAAGUGGUGCUGUACAAGGAUAACGAGGAGGUGCUGGUCCUGCGCUUUGACGCCGAGGGAACCAACAAGUCUGACUGGUACAGCCAGGACCGCCUGAUCGAGUCUCCCUUCAUCGAUCUCUCUCCAGACAAGAAGGCCAACGGCUUCUCCUUCCAGGGACAGAGAGACGGCAAGAUCGCCAGGACCAUGUUCAUCGAUGGCGGUGUAGACCACGGGUGGUUCGUUGUCAUCGACAAGCCAGACAACGCGCCUUGGGCCAAGAAGGCAGCUGUUCCCCACUUCCUGUAUUCCACAACUGACCAGUGCGUCAACUGGAACGAUGCCGCAGACGUCGGGCAGGCUGACGUCUUGGCAAUUUUCGCCCUCGGCUUCGGCGCAAAUGACGAAGACGAGGAAGAUUAGAAACCAAAACUGCAGUAUUCACUUCAGAGAUGCCACAUGGGGGGAUUGAAACAACAGCGACUGUAAAGGAUUCAAUGCUUGGGCUUCACAAUGUUGCCAACAACAAGGAAACAAAACAUUCUGACACAGCCAUGACGACUUAAAAACCGUUACCAACAAAGCAGCUUAAGAUUAUACAAUAGCAGCCAUCACAAGCGUGAUUCAGAGAUAAUGUACGGGAGGGAAACCGCCUUGUCUUCAGGAAAUACUUCCAACAAACUCCUCACAUAGUUGAUUACUGCGUACACAAUAGCGUAGACAACGUUUAGUUUAGGAGAACAAAUGAUGACUGUGACUCAUGAGCCAUUCAUGGGCGACCCCUUCAGACAUAGGUUGGAUUUGUUUCCUACAAAGGCUCGAAGGAUGGAAUUUCAACGGGGAUAUAAGAAAUAACGACUGCAAACAUCUUUACACGGGUCAUGGUUGAAAAGAAAGUCCAAACGACAGCCAAUUAUGACCAGAAGCUAACCUGACCACCUCUGCUAGCUUCCGAUGCUCUGCUUAUACUCGCUUGAUCUCAAUGCAUGAGUAGUAGGUAGGUGGGCUAAAAAGUCGGCAUUUCAAAACUUUGUCAUUAUUCGUGUUGAUAUUCUACACUGAUAUCGGAGGGUAGAAGGGUGGCCUUAACGAGAACGCCAGUGAGACAUUACGUGGGAAGGUUGUGUAGAGAUGCAGCUAUGAAGCAGAAGGAUGACGGUUUGUAAAUUUGAAACGAUAGGAACAAUCAACAAGACGGCUUUCCUCCUGUAUAGUUUCCUGGCAUUGCAUCAACACAGAAAGCUUGCUGAUAUUAUAAUACUUACGACAAAAAAGUAGUCAAUGCUUUUAUAGACUCCACACAAGUGCAAGACAGAUUUCUAUGCUGUAGAACAAAUAUAGGAACCCUUGCUGUAAGGAAACCGCUGAUGUAGAGUGUCAGGUAAAAGAAGCAAGAAUCUCUGAAUCAUGAUAGGACAGGGACUCAAUGUUAAAGAAACUCUUCCAAAGUGAGGAAUUUUCAGGUGCAGCUGCUUUCAAGUGUGGUGCUGGUUAAGUAAAUACCAACAACGUAAAGAGAAAAGUCAACUAGACUUCACUGCCUUAUAAAAUGUAUGCUCUUUUUCCUUGGCGAGUCCUGUUAGUCCUGCGGUAUCUGGCACGUGUGGAUUUCUUUUGUUGUGCCUUUUUACAAGUAGCAUGCUAGAACCACUACCCUGAAACAGGGGGAACAAGUGACAAAUAAAUGAACAAUAAUAAAUGAUAAAAAUGGAAUUGUAAUUAUGGCAAUAGUAGCUUUUUUGCGUACUGGAGUCAAUCAGAAACAAAUGUUGUAGCUCUGUAGUCAUGUUUAUCAUUAGACAUUAGAAGUAAUAGAGUAACUAACAUUUUCAUUGAGACUCUAAACUAAUGAUUGGCUUGCACAGUGCCGUUCGGUUAUAUUUGCAAGGUGAUAGCCUGUACCUGCCUGUCAUAUCUGAUGUAGAUUUGCUGCUCGCUGCAUUGCCAAUUUGGGCUACCUACCUGGCAAGUAUAGCAGGGGGUACUGCAAGCUAGUAUUCCCAUCAAUGACAAUACUAUAAUUCAUCUUCACUGGGUCCAGAUUGCAACCAAUGCAAGGAUGUAAUACUAAUAAUAAUCUACUGCAAACGACAUUCAAUGAAUGUACCAAUUUACUCAGAUCUCUCUGUGCAGUGUCUCGGUGAAAAUAAACGUGUCGUACUGGAUAACACCUCA